AUGGCUCCACAACAACAAUCCAUCGCCAGGUUCUUUGGUGGUGGCGCAACCUUAGCAAAGAAAAAAGACUUAAACCCUUCUUCCCCUACAAAAAAACGACCACUUUCCCCACCACCUCCCACCGCCUCCCCCGACAAACGGACCAAGAUCACCCCUGAAACCGCCGUCAAGGUAGGCGAGUCCGAAAUUCACGAAGACACCGACCCCGAAAUUGACGAACCUGUGAAGCCAAAGUCGCAACUUGAUGAAGCACAGGAGUUGAUUAAACUCAGUAAAGAACACCAGCAUGACAAGCCAGUCGUGGUGUCUUCGAAAAUCCCUUAUGCCACAUUGACUUCCAUUUUGGAAAAGAUUGAAAACGAAUCUUCCCGAUUGAAGAUCAUCCUGAUCUUGUCCCAGUUCUUUGAAGACAUCUUACUGGCAUCGUCCAUCGACAAACUUAUCAAGAUUGUGUAUCUUGUGAUUAAUCGAUUAGGUCCCGACUACGAACCUGAUUUGGAAUUGGGUCUCGGUGAGACAUUGCUUAUCAAGGCAAUCAGUGAAGGAUACGGCCGGGCCACGAGCAAGAUCAAGCUGGACUAUAAAGAAGUUGGAGAUUUGGGUCUAGUGGCCCAGAAAUCGAGAAGUGGACAACCUACCAUGUUUAAACCACAACCGUUGGACAUCGACACCGUGUUUGCCAAUUUGACCCAGAUUGCCAGGUCCACCGGUAAGGACUCCCAGCUGAAGAAGAUCGGGAUCAUUAACAAGAUGUUGACGGCGUGCGAUCCCAAAACUAACGAGGCAAAAUUCUUAAUUAGGUCGUUGGAAGGGAAACUCAGAAUUGGAUUGGCGGAAAAGACUGUGCUUAUUGCCUUGGCACAGGCGUUCGUAAAUCAUGAAAAGAAGCAUAAAGUGCACGCGGACGAGUUGAGCAAGGCAGAGGAUAUAAUUAGAGAAGCAUUCUCGCAGAUUCCCAAUUAUGAAGUGAUAAUCAAGAAUGCAUCUGAGCAUGGAGUUUUCAAUUUAUUGGACCAUGUCAGGUUAACCCCAGGUAUCCCCGUGAAGCCCAUGUUGGCAAAACCUACCAAAUCCAUUGGUGAAGUAUUGGACAGAUUCCAGCACGAGGAAUUUACCUGUGAGUAUAAAUACGAUGGCGAACGUGCUCAAGUCCACGUCUUGCCUGAUGCUAGCGUGAGGAUCUACUCGAGAAACUCAGAAGACAUGUCACAAAGGUAUCCCGACUUGAUCUCAAUCAUUACUGAAUUCAGUAAACAGCAAGAAUUACACUCGAUGAUUCUCGACUGUGAAGCAGUAGCGUGGGAUCGUGUCCAGAAUAAAAUCCUCCCCUUUCAAGUGUUAUCCACGAGAAAGAGAAAGGACGUGAAUGAAAAGGACAUCACGGUGCACAUCUGUCUUUUUGCAUUUGAUUUGAUUUACUAUAAUGGGGAAUCCCUAAUUACAAAAUCGCUCGCAGAGAGACGAGAGGUGUUGUACAACAACUUCACCACCAUUGAAGGGAAAUUCCAGUUCGCCACGAAAAAGGACUCGUCCAACUUGGACGAAUUGCAAUUGUUCCUUGAUCAGUCCGUCAAGGACUCGUGUGAGGGAUUGAUGGUGAAGAUGUUGAAUGGAACCGAGUCCUUCUACGAACCAUCAAAACGGUCGAGAAACUGGCUUAAAUUAAAGAAGGACUAUUUGGCUGGUGUAGGCGAUUCCCUUGACUUGGUCGUUAUUGGCGCGUAUAACGGUAGGGGGAAGAGAACCGGGACGUACGGUGGGUUCUUGCUUGCUUCGUAUAAUCAAGAUUCGGGCGAGUUGGAAACCACAUGUAAGAUAGGAACGGGGUUCAGUGAUGAAGAUUUAACCAAUUUGUAUAAUAAGUUACACCCCACCGAGAUUCCUAAUCCUAGACCACAUUUUGUGUAUGAUUCCACCAAUUCAAAUGCUGCUCCUGACGUAUGGUUUGAACCUAGUUUAUUAUUCGAAGUAUUGACUGCUGAUUUGUCGUUGAGUCCAAUUUAUAAAGCUGCUCAUACCGAGUAUGGAAAGGGUAUUUCCUUGAGAUUCCCUCGUUUCCUUAGAAUUAGAGACGAUAAGGGAAUCGAAGAUGCCACAAGUUCAACCGAAGUUGCAGAAUUCUACGAACGUCAAGCUCACGUAAACUAG